UGAGGCGGGCGCGGGCUGAGAGCCCGGGAUCCCCGGGACCAGGCGCUGCCAAGACCUUGCACGCUGCCACCGGGGGCCCGCAGCAGAGAAUAAAUAUGGCAGAGCUUUCUGAGCCAGAAGGACUAGUAGAUUGGAAAGAAAGAUGUGUAGCUCUGGAGUCCCAGCUCAUGAAAUUUAGAGUUCAAGCAAGCAAGAUACGAGAGCUCUUAGCAGAGAAGAUGCAGCAGCUUGAGAGACAAGUUAUUGAUGCUGAACGUCAGGCAGAAAAAGCUUUUCAACAGGUACAAGUUAUGGAAGAAAAGUUAAAAGCAGCUAAUAUUCAAACCAGUGAAUCAGAGACAAGGUUAUAUAAAAAGUGUCAAGAUCUGGAGUCUCUAAUACAGGAAAAAGAUGACAUCAUUCAAAACUUGGAACUGCAACUUGAAGAACAGAAACAAAUACGAAUACAAGAAGCUAAAAUAAUAGAAGAGAAAGCAGCUAAGAUCAAAGAAUGGGUAACAGUUAAGUUAAAUGAGCUGGAACUGGAGAAUCAGAAUCUUCGUUUAAUCAACCAAAACCAAACUGAAGAGAUAAGAACAAUGCAGUCAAAACUACAAGAAGUUCAAGGAAAGAAAACGUCCAUUGUCUCUACACUAAAGCUUUCAGAAGGCCAGCGCCUGAGCAGUUUGACCUUUGGAUGCUUUUUAUCUCGAGCAAGGAGUCCUCCUAAAGUAGUAAAAGCUGAGGAAAUGCGCAAAAUUUCAUCUAAAGAACCUGAGUUCACUGAAGGAAAAGGCAUAGAAGAAAUGGAAAUUCCAGAAAAGUCUGUUGAUAACCAAGUUCUAGAAAACAACAGAAGCCAGAGAACAUCGCAUCAAACUCCUUGUGGCUCAGAGCAGAAUCGGAAUACAAGAACAAGCUUUGGAACAGAGGGUGGCAUAUCCCAGAAUUCCAGGGCUCCAGUGAGUGACUGGAGUUCUGAUGAGGAAGAUGGGAGCAAAGGAAGAUCCAAGUCCAGGUGCACGUCCACCCUUUCCAGUCACACCUCAGAGGAAGGAGUCCAGUGCAGCAGGAUGGGGAGCGAAAUGUAUCUGACAGCAUCUGAUGACAGCAGUUCUAUAUUUGAAGAAGAGACUUUUGGCAUAAAGAGACCAGAACACAAGAAGCUAUAUUCUUGGCAACAGGAGGCACAAUGGAAAGCUCAGAAUAGUCUUCUUGGAAAGGGAAAUUCUGAGUCAAGUAAAAAGGAACAAGAUAGUUCCUCAGAUGAACUGAAUAAAAAAUUUCAGUCUCAGAGACUGGAUUAUUCAUCUUCAUCAAGUGAGGCCAACACCCCAAGCCCUAUUUUGACCCCAGCUUUAACUCCAAAACAUCCUAACUCACUCCCUGGAAAAGGAACACAAUUAGUGCCUUCAUCAAACCUGCCACCCCCAAAGUUAAGGAUUCCUAAUGUUUUCAGUAUAAGUGUAGCACUAGCCAAAAGGCACUUAAGCCAGCCACAGUUAAGUUCCGACAGGAUGUUUGGUACAAACAGAAAUGCUAUAAGCAUGAUACGACCACUGAGACCUCAGGAAACAGAUCUUGAUCUAGUUGAUGGUGACAAUACAGAAAUUUUAGAGAAUAUGGACACGAGUUGUGAUGAUGGAUUAUUUUCUUAUGACUCCCUGGAAUCUCCAUGUUCAGAUGAGCAGGAAAUCUGUGACUCGGCAAAGAAGGCAGCAUGUAGCAAACCUCCAACUCCUCCCCUGCACCGUUUUCCUUCUUGGGAAAGCAGAAUUUAUGCUGUAGCCAAAUCAGGCAUUCGAAUGUCUGAGGCCUUCAAUGUGGAGAAAGUGAAUAAAAAUUCUGUUGCAAUGCUUUCAUAUACCACAUCGGGACUUUAUACAUCUCUGAUAUACAAGAAUAUGACCACCCCAGUGUAUACAACCUUGAAGGGGAAAGCAACCCAAAUAAGUAACAGCCCUUUCCUGGAUGACUCCUCGGGGUCAGAGGACGAAGACAGCUCCAGAUCCAGCUCCCGGACAUCAGAGUCAGACACGCGCAGUAGGAGUGGGCCAGGCAGCCCUAGAGCCAUGAAACGAGGUGUGUCUCUCUCCUCUGUGGCUUCUGAAAGUGAUUAUGCUAUUCCUCCUGAUGCUUACUCCACAGACACAGAGUACUCACAGCCAGAGCAGAAGCUCCCUAAAACUUGUUCAUCUUCUAGUGAUAACGGGAAAAAUGAACCACUGGAAAAAUCUGGCUAUUUAUUAAAAAUGAGUGGUAAAGUCAAGACGUGGAAGCGGAGGUGGUUUGUUCUGAAAGGUGGUGAAUUGCUUUACUACAAAUCUCCGAGUGAUGUAAUUAGAAAACCCCAGGGCCAUAUUGAACUUAGUACAUCCUGCAGUAUUUUAAGAGGAGAUAACAAACAAACAGUUCAGUUGACCACUGAAAAACACACAUACUAUCUGACUGCAGAUUCUCCCAAUAUAUUGGAAGAGUGGAUUAAAGUGUUACAGAAUGUUCUUCGAGUACAAGCUGCCAACCCACUUUUCCUGCAGCCUGAGGGCAAACCAACUGUGAAAGGAUUGCUCACUAAGGUGAAACAUGGCUACUCCAAGAGAGUCUGGUGUACACUUAUAGGAAAGACAUUAUAUUAUUUUCGUAGUCAAGAAGAUAAGUUUCCUUUAGGUCAGAUCAAACUCUGGGAGGCUAAAGUUGAAGAGGUUGACAGAUCCUGUGAUUCAGAUGAAGAUUAUGAAGCCAGUGGGCGUAGUCUGUUAUCCACACAUUACACAAUCGUUAUCCAUCCCAAAGACCAAGGUCCCACUUACCUUCUAAUUGGGUCUAAGCAUGAAAAGGACACUUGGCUUUAUCAUCUGACUGUUGCAGCUGGAAGUAACAAUGUAAAUGUUGGAUCUGAAUUUGAACAACUUGUUUGCAAAUUGCUAAAUAUAGAAGGGGAACCUUCCUCUCAGAUAUGGAGACACCCCACUUUGUGUCACAGCAAAGAAGGAAUCAUUUCCCCUCUGACAACACUGCCUUCUGAAGCUCUGCAGACGGAAGCUAUUAAAUUAUUUAAGACCUGCCAGCUUUUUAUAAAUGCUGCAGUUGACUCCCCUGCGAUUGAUUACCACAUAUCUCUAGCCCAGAGUGCUUUGCAAAUCUGUCUGACACAUCCUGAGCUACAGAAUGAAAUUUGCUGUCAGCUUAUUAAACAGACAAGGCGAAGACAGCCACAAAGUCAACCAGGACCAUUGCAGGGCUGGCAGCUCUUGGCGCUCUGUGUUGGGCUCUUCCUUCCCCAUCAUCCUUUCCUGUGGCUCCUCAGGCUCCACCUAAAGAGGAAUGCAGACUCCAGGACAGAAUUUGGAAAAUAUGCUAUUUACUGCCAGCGAUGUGUAGAAAGAACGCAACAAAAUGGAGAUCGAGAAGCAAGACCCUCAAGAAUGGAAAUUCUUUCAACUCUUCUUCGAAACCCUUAUCAUCAUUCUUUACCCUUCAGUAUACCAGUGCACUUCAUGAAUGGGAUAUAUCAGGUAGUUGGGUUUGAUGCAUCCACCACAGUGGAAGAAUUUUUGAAUACUUUGAACCAGGACACAGGAAUGAGGAAGCCAGCCCAGUCUGGAUUUGCAUUGUUCACUGACGAUCCUUCCGGCAGAGAUUUAGAGCAUUGUCUUCAAGGAAACAUCAAGAUUUGUGACAUUAUUUCUAAAUGGGAACAGGCUUCCAAAGAACAGCAGCCUGGAAAAUGUGAAGGAACAAGAACUGUUCGUCUGACUUAUAAAAACAGACUAUAUUUCUCAGUGCAAGCUCGUGGAGAGACUGAUAGAGAAAAGUUGCUAUUAAUGUAUCAGACAAAUGAUCAAAUAAUAAAUGGACUUUUUCCUCUGAACAAGGAUCUGGCAUUAGAAAUGGCAGCUCUUUUAGCUCAGGUGGAGAUUGGAGAUUUUGAAAGACCUUUCUCAACUCCAGCAGGACAUAUUACUAAUCAGUGCAAAGCAAAUCAAACUCUAAAACAAGUCAUAGAGAAAUUUUAUCCUAAAAGAUACAGAGAUGGCUGUUCUGAGGAACAGUUAAGGCAGCUUUGCCAGCGACUGUCAACCAGAUGGAUGGCCCUCCGAGGACACAGUGCUUCUGAUUGUGUACGAAUUUAUUUGACAGUAGCCAGGAAGUGGCCAUUCUUUGGUGCCAAGUUGUUUCUUGCAAAACCCAUAACUGCAUCAUCACUUGGAAAUACUUUCAUGUGGCUGGCUAUACAUGAGGAUGGUUUAAGCAUCUUGGAAUACAACUCCAUGAGGUUAAUAGUCAGCUAUGUGUACAAGAGUCUAAUGACCUUUGGAGGGUACCAAGAUGAUUUUAUGGUAGUCAUUAACAAUACACAUUCAAAGGACAAACCAACAGAGAAGUUACUUUUUGCCAUGGCAAAACCCAAGAUUCUGGAGAUCACUCUUUUGAUUGCCAGUUACAUAAAUAACUUCCAUCAGCAAAAAGCAGCAUUUCACCACCUCUCUGCUCCAGCGCUGCUCUCAGCCCGGCCCCAGGGAGCCCAGACCAGGGCAAUGGGAAGCCAGCCUCUUCUGUCAAGCAGCAGACCAACCAAAGGCCCCACCUUACUCUGAAAGCAUGAACUUGUCCUCUGUGCAAGAGAUGCAUCAGCUCCCAACAAGUUUGUUUACCGCUGGUAGCAUGGUAUCCACACACCAGUGUUCCAAACUGGGAGUUACUCUCUUUUACCUGAUUCUUAAAUAUUUAAAUGAAUAUUAACAAUGAAAUAUAAACACAAAAUUUGCCAACACACUAAUUUUCUCUUAGAAUAAAUGGGUUAGAAUUCAUCAGUUUUUCCAUCUCCCUCCCCUCUUGUCAUCAGACACAUCAUUCAAUAUGGCUAUUUUCUUUUUAAUAUUCUGGCGAUCUUUAGAAAGGGAGAUUCCAAAUUCUCCUUUAGUAAAACAGUUGAUUAUUUGGAAAUGUUCACUGCCAAAAAAGUAAAUACUGUAAUUAAAUGUGCUUUUAAUCAAUGAUAUGGUAUUUGGAAAGGAGUAGAGUACACAGUGUAAGAAACAGCUGCAGGGUGGUGUGAAUGGUAAAUUUUUAGAGUAAGUGCAAUAAAUCUUCUGGCUCUAUGAAUCAUUAAAUGAGAAAGCAGGAGUUAGGUAACCUAAACCUCCUAUGUGGUAUUAGAAAGUAUACCCUGUCACCUUUUCAGAUCACUGGAGUGUAAAAUUUAUAAUGAGACAGUGAUUCCAGACAUUCCUCGACUGUCAGCAUAGCCAAGUUCACUGGAAUAUUCCCCACAUUUCACUACAUUUGGUCAUCUUGACCUUGCUUUGUUAAGUAAUAAUAUCUUUGAAAACAAAGACAAUCCUUAAAGCUUUGCCCCUCAUACAGUCCUUUCUAAUUAUUGUUUGAAAAUAAAUUCCAAAAACAUUUUUUAAAAGAAAAGAGAAAAUAAUUCUUCUGUCAAAGGAGGUAAAAUUUUAGUUGAUAACAGUUUUGAAAUGUCUUACUUUAUUAGGGUACGUAAAUGGCGAGGGCAUUCCAGUAUGUGUCAAAACAAUGUAAUUAGUAUUCAUGGUAAAAAUGAAACUGUGAUAAGACAUGAAAAUUAUAAAAAUGUUCAAUUGUAAUAGUAAUCAUGAGUAUACUUAAUUUUAUUUAUGUAUAGAAUAUUUGUAUUUAUUUUUUGACAUAUUUAUCACUUUGUCAUAUUUUUUUAACCAAUUUGUGAAAAAUGUUAGCUGCUGAGUUAAUUUGUUGGCAGAGCCUUCAUAUUUUCUUCUUUGCUGCUUUCUCCUUAUGGCAAUGUACUGUUCUCACAUUAAGCCUUUUAAAAAUGUUCCAUCCCAUAUUAGCAUCCCUAGAAGGGGCACAACCAAGAAAUGCAUUGCUUAAGUAAUAUUGUGCUUUAUUGGUAAUGACAGAAGAUCAAAAAAAACCCACUGAAAUAGAUUUCCAUUGACUAUGUCCUCUACAUCUUUUGAGCCACAACUACUCACUGAGUGAGCAAAUUAGUUUUUGAAAAUAAACUGGGUACUAGUUUGGGAUGCCUCUCAGGAGCCUUUUGGCUGCAACACAGUAGAGUUUCUAAGUUUCCAGAAAGCCAUUUUGUAAUUAGGUGGUGAGCCAGAGCCUUGGCAGAGCUGUUGCUUAUAUGUGAGGCUUUAUUCUCAGGCAAUAGUUUAUUCACCAUCUGGUAAAUCCCUCCCCCUAGUCUUCUUAUUUAAACAGGUAGUGAAAGUUUAGCUUAAACCCAUAGUACCUUAGACUUGGCAUUUAUUUUUGAUAGAGCAGAGAUAAAAUAUUUUGAUGGAAAGAAAUCAAUUUUCUGUAACUGAUGAUGUGAAAAUUUUAUUUUCUGGGAAAUUAUAUAGCCAUUUGAAAAAUUCAAGGUAUGUUAUUAUGAUUGGUUACAAGAGAAUAAUGGUAGAUGUUUAAUUGUAAUAUUUGUCUCCUAUCAUUUUCUUCCCUUUCAAUCAUAAUAAAUGAUUUACAAAACCCA